AUGGACGUCGGUGGCAGUGAGGGCGAUAACAGCACUUAUCAAGAGCUCAUGCAGGAUGGAUGCAAGGCAUUGCAGAUAGGGGACCUGGACAAGGCAGAAAAAAGCUUUGCAGCUGCACUCAAGUCUGUACAUAGCCAAGGCGGACACAGAAAAGAGGCGGAGCCCCUGCACAAGUUGGGUGAUGUCUACCUGAAGAGAGGAAUCCUGUCUAAAGAUGGAGGUGAUUUCACCAAAGCUGCAGCACUCUGUAAUGCAGCACUGGUAAGGUCAAGGAGAGAAGACGUUGAAGAAUCAAUCCAAGAAAUAAGCAGGGCAUUCGUUAAGGAGGUGUUGGGUACAGAAAAAGCAUGCAGUGAUGAUACUGAGAAACACAAGAUCAUGUUGAAGGCAGAUCGGUACUAUGUAGAGAAAGAGAUCAAUACAAUUGAAGCAUAUGUGGACCCCUACAGCCUUGAUGAUGACAACCCGACGUUGAGAGAAGUGGAAAAGAAGAGAGCGGAGGCAAUCAAAGCAUUGUUUGACACUAUCGUACACCAGCGAAGAACGUUUGUAACUGGCCUCGUCGAAGAAUGCAUUGAAGUAAUGGGCCCGCCACCCUGCACGUACGCAAUGAUAGGCAUGGGUUCGGACGCAACAGGGCUGGCAACCCCAUACUCUGAUCUGGAGUUUGCAAUUUUGGUAGAAAGGGAAACAGACAGGAAUGUCACGUAUUUCCGCAAUCUCACCCAUUAUCUUCAUCUCAAAGUAAUCAAUCUGGGAGAAACAAUUGUCCCUGCCAUGGGGAUUAGGUCACUUAAUGACUUCUACUCAGACGACCUGCUGGGCAACUGGUUCUAUGACUCUGUAACACCGCGCGGGUUUGACUUUGAUGGGGCCAUGCCACAUGCAUGUAAAUCGCCACUGGGCAGGGGAUCGACAAAGGAACUUAUCCGCACACCAAGCAAUAUGACCAGCAUUGUCAAAGAUGACCUCACGUUUCAUUUAAAGAAAGGCUACCACCUUGCUUCUAUGCUGACAAACGUGUCUUUAAUCACUGGAGAACAGGGCUUGCUCGAUGAGUACAAGUCUUUAUUGAAUCAGCAACUUCAGGAAAAUAGCAAGUUACCGCUCCUAAUGGCUAAUACCACGCUGAACGAGAACGUACCAAUUUUUCAGCUCCAUGCUCUCACUCCCAGUCUGUUGAAUGUAAAAAAAGACAUAUAUCGAUUUUCGAUCCUUGCUGUAUCCUGUUUGGCGCUAAUUCAUCACAUAAUACCGACCACAAUCUGGGAGACUAUUCAGAAGCUGAAAAACAGUGGAGUUAUCAAUAGCGAGAAUGCACAUCAUCUCAUGGUGAUGGUCACUAUAUCAGCCGAACUGCGGCUGCGGACAUACAUGAACAAUCGUGGUCGGGUGGAAACCAUGUCGGCGUUGUCGUCCAUGUCGCCAGAUACAGAAAUUGGGGCGAAAUUGAGGAAGGUUUUUCACCUCUCCAAUAGAAAGCAGCUCAUGAGGUACUAUUACACCGAAAGGCCAUUAAAGCACUUCAUUUCACAGCUGAGAGAAGGCAGGGUACAGAAAGAGCAGUCAUUUUUGUUUGACAACUCUUCGGAACUAAAAGCAGAGGUAUACGAAAGUUUGUGCGAUUUCGAAAGUUCCAAGACAUGCAAAGAGCAAACGCUUCAAAAAUAUCUGUCAAAAUAUGGAGAGCAAUCUGCACAUUUUGACAUAGCCAACUCACUUGGCAACUUGGGUACAUCAUUGAUUAGCCUUGGUGAAUACAUAAAGGGGAUCAGAUAUCAUGAACAGGCACUACAGAUGAGGCGGAGUAUCUAUGGCGAGGAUACCACACAUCCUGACAUCGCCACGUCACUUGAUAAAUUAGGUGCGGCAUGGACAUACCUUAGUGAUCACAGAAAGGCUGUCAGCUAUCAUGAACAAGCGCUACAGAUGAGGAGGAGUAUCUAUGGUGAGGAUAUCGCACAUCCUGACAUUGUCACGUCACUUGACAACUUGGGUACUGCAUGGAGGCAUCUAGGUGAUUACAGAAAGGCUGUCAGCUAUCAUGAACAGGCACUGCAGAUGAGGCGGAGUAUCUAUGGCCAGACCACCGCACAUCCUGGCGUCGCCACGACACUUGGCAACUUAGGUACCGUCUGGAUGCAUCUUGGUCAUCACAGAAAGGCUGUCAGCUAUCAUGAACAGGCACUACAGAUGAGGCAGUUUAUCUAUGGUGAGGAUACCGCACAUCCUGACGUCGCCACGUCACUUGACAACUUGGGUGCUGCAUGGAGAUACCUUGGUGACCACAGAAAAGCUGUUAGAUAUCAUGAGCAGGCACUGCAGAUGAGGCGGAGUAUCUAUAGUGAGGAUAUCGCACAUCCUGACAUUGCCACGUCACUUGACAACUUGGGUACUACAUGGAGAUACCUUGGUGAUCACAGAAAAGCCCUCAGCUAUUAUGAACAGGCAUUCCAGAUGAGGCGGAGUAUCUAUGGUGAGGAUAUCGCACAUCCUGACAUCGCCACGUCACUUGACAACUUGGGUGCUGCAUGGAGAUACCUUGGUGAUCACAGGAAAGCUGUUAGAUAUCAUGAGCAGGCACUGCAGAUGAGGCGGAGUUUCUUUGGUGAGGAUAUCGCACAUCCUGACAUUGCCACGUCACUCGACAACUUGGGUGUCACCUGGAGGCAUCUUGGUGAUUACAGAAAGGCCAUAAGCUAUCAUGAACAAGCACUACAGAUGAGGCGGAGUAUCUUUGGUGAGAACACCGCACAUCCUGACAUCGCCACGUCACUUGACAACUUGGGUGCUGCAUGGAGAUACCUUGGUGAUCACAGAAAGGCGGUCAGCUAUCAUGAACAGGCACUACAGGUAAUGAGGAGUAUCUAUGGUUAUAGUACCGCACAUCCUGACAUCGCCACGUCACUUGACAACUUGGGUGCUGCAUUGAUAUACCUUGGUGAUCACGGAAAGGCUGUCAGCUAUCAUGAACAGGCAUUGCAGAUGAGGCGGAGUAUCUAUAGUGAGGAUACCGCACAUCCCGACAUCGCCACGUCACUUGACAACUUGGGUGCCGCCUGGAAACAGCUUGGUGACGACGGGAAAGCUGUCAUCUAUCAUGAAAAGGCACAGCAAAUGAAGAGGCUACUGGAGGAAAAACUUUCGUCCACUCCCAUUGAGAUGUUCAGCCCAGAGAUGGCAAGGUUGUACGCCGAAGCCUGUCGCCAGGGGUCGCUACCAGUACACAGCCCAGAGAUGGCAAGGUUGUACGCCGAAGCCUGUCGCCAGGGGUCGCUACCAGUACACAGCACACGGGCCCAGGUGGUGGGUCAGUUCAGGUCAGGGAAAACCUGCCUCAUCAAGAGGCUGAUGGGAGAAGAGGUCAUAGAGGAGGAGGUGGAACCCAUCACGGAUGGAAUCAACAUCAUUCCAGAUGUUCAAACCAAAACAUGGACGAAAUCAGGAGAGGAGAUAGAUGACUUGGCAGGAACGUUGCUUCAGACACAACAGAAGACUGAGCCCCCACAAGCGAAUGUGACAAGGUACAUUGCUCAGAAUGAUGACACGACAGAGACCACACAGCAAGAGACAAAAAAGGCGCCAGAGGAUACUGUAGAAGGUGAGCUCAAGGCUAUACAAAGAAGUUGCCAUGACUGUCAGCUACUUAAUUAG